GAGGGAGAGAGGGAGGGAGAGAGAUAAAUAGAUAAGGCUCGCCACUCUUCUUCAUCGACAUCGUCGACGUCUAGACUAAGCACAACGGGGAGAGAGAGAGGGGAAUGGCGAUGUCGAGUGGUGGUGGUGGCCUUCUUGGCUCUGCGGCUACCCUCUUGGGUAGUCCUGUAGCUGGAAUGUCGAUGCGUGGUCAUACAAAUGUCACCAUGUGGACUUGUCCCCUUCCUCCUCCUCGCCAUUGCGGCCUCCGAAAGCACUCCUCUUCUCUAACUUCUCCUCCACCUUCUCCUCCUUUUGUGACGGCCGUGGCCGCCACCGACUCCUCCAAUCAGAUCAGCCCGACCCAGCAGCAGUCCCAAUCCAAGAGCAACAAGUACCACUUCGUGGUCGCGAAUGCGAAAUUCAUGCUGGACGAGGAGGAGCACUUCCAGGAGCUUCUCUUCGAGCGCCUCCGCAACUACAGCGAGCGCAACAAGGAGCAGGACUUCUGGCUUGUCAUCGAGCCCAAGUUCCUCGACAACUUCCCCAAUAUCACCAAGCGAUUGCGCCGGCCCGCUGUCGCUCUUGUCUCCACCAACGCUAACUGGAUCACGUUCAUGAAGUUGAGGCUGGAUAGAGUGUUGGCUGAUAGCUAUGAGGCAGAUAGCUUAGAAGAAGCAUUGGCUUCUAAUCCCACCCAAGUAGAGUUUGAGAAGCCGGCAAAUUGGGUGGCGCCUUAUCCAAAGUAUGAAUACGGAUGGUGGGAGCCCUUCUUACCCGCAGGAUCUAAAGAAUUGAAACUGUAGUACUACCUUCUCGGCGUUGCCCUUUUGGCUUCUUUUUAUUUUUCCUUUAAUUUAAAUAGCAGAGCUUAUCCUUGUCUACAAUAUUACUUACUAGCCAUCGAAGAGGUAUCAAGAUGUCCGCAUGAUAUUUGUUCUUUCCUUUUUCUGAUAUUUAGUAGAAUGAAAGAACAGGAGAUUUACGAA